GAGCCUUCACCGCUCGCUCCGUCUGCGGCCCGCCGACCGGAAGUACCGCCGUGGCUCGCGAAGUGACCGGAAAGAGGGAAAAAAAGACGGAAGUGCAUCCACGCGCGCGCGGUUUCCCCCAUAACUCGAGGGUGAAAGUGACAGCAGCGCCAGGACCACUGCGGUUGUCUUUGUGUCUAUCUGUGUGUCUAUCUGUGUGUCUGCCUGUUUGUCUGUCUGGGCCUCUCGGUGAACUAACCCGGCGGGAAUGGAGGGAGAGGAGGAGGAGCGGCGCGCGCUCGUGCUCCUGACAACGUACGUGCUGCUGAAGCGCAGGAGAGACCUGAACAACGCGCAUGCGCAGAGGCGCGCAGAGAUCCAGAGGCGCGUCAGACACCAACAGCACUCCUUCCAGAGGCAGAGGAGGAUGCUCAUGAUGAUGAUAGCGGGAGGCGUCCGCUCCGACGACCGCAUCCGCACGCGUCCCUGGACCACCACCCGGACCACCGAUUGGUGGGAGCGCGUGGCCAUGACGGAAUUCCAGCCGUCCGAUUGGCUGGAGAAGUUCCGCAUGAGCAAGGAGACGUUCCUCCAGUUGUGCGACCGGCUGAGGCCCCGCCUCGCCCGCCAGGACACCAGCUUUCGCCUGGCGCUGCCGGUGGAGAAGCGCGUCGCCGUGGCCCUGUGGCGCCUGGCGUCCAACGUGGAAUACCGCACCAUCAGCGCGCUGUUCGGUGUGGGCAAGUCCACCGUAUGCAGGUGUGUCCGGGACAUGUGUCACGCAAUCGUGGCGCUGCUUGUUCCCGUGUACCUGCGGCCGCCCGGCGAGCGGGAGCUGGAGGCCUCGGCGCAGCUCUUCCUGUCCAAAUGGGGCUUUCCUCACUGCGUUGCCGCCGUGGCAACGCUGCACACCGCCAUCAUCACCCCGUCGGACAACGCGUCGGACUACGCCAACCCGGCCGGCUGGCUCUCGGUGCUGACUCAGGUGGUGGUCGGCGGCCGAGGGCAGUUCUGGGACGUGUGUGCCAGUUUCCCAGGCGGGACGGAGCCGGCGGACGUCCUCCAGAACUCGUCGCUGUGGGCCACGGCUGCAGACGGCGGCCUGUCACCUGGCUCGCCACCCGCCUUCAUGGGAAAACCGCUCAGGUACACGUCGGCUCAGGAUCGCAGUCAAAUUUUUUCUGGCAUUUUUAAUCCACCGUAUUUCCAGAUGAACACCAUCUAUGAAAUCUCCACGUCUUGGAAAAGCCAAUUUCAUGAUGGAGUGGCAAGGUACGUGCUGCUGGGCGAGGCCUGCUACCCUCUCCAGAGCUGGCUGAUGAAGGCCUACCCCGAGGAGAGGGGUUGCCAGCCGGUGCCGGCCGAGCCGCGGCGGCUCUUCAACCGACGGCUCGCCCGAGCGCUGCGCUCCUCCUCGGAGGCGCUGCUGAGGCUGAGGGCCCGCUGGCAGUGUCUGAGCAAGAGGAACGACUGCGGGCUGGACGUGGUGCCCACCAUGAUUCUAGCCUGCUGCAUUCUGCACAACGUGUGCGAGUCCCACGGCGACGCCUUCAGAGCGGAGUGGCAGGCGGAGGUGGCCGAGGCGGAGAGCCCUCAGCCCGGCCACGCGCCACUUCCCUCCACCGGUGUGGACCAGGGUCGUGCUGAGGAGACCCGGAAACUCUUCUGUGACUAUUUUCAGGAGCAGAACAUGUGAAGACGUUAUUUUGAAUCCUGGUAAACAUUUGUUGUUGCGUUAUAUUAAUUGUUUUGAUUUGUUCAAAUGUGUGUAUUAAUUACAACUGUAAUCCAGGCAUGUUAAAGCAUGGCGGUUGUUCACGAUCAUUUUAAAUCCGACGUCCUCGAAACAAGUCUGAGAUGUUCUAAAAUCGUAAUACAUCUUGGGGGCAGAAAGUAUUUAUUUUAUUUAGGGAGAAACACAUGUUUACAUUGGUACCCCCUUCUGGCCAAUCGUCACAAGUUCCAACUCGUAAGUUGUAUUUUUCAUGAUAGGGACUACUAUCAUGGCGGUCUAGUUUCUGUAUUCAUCAUGACUAUGAUGUGCUCUUUUUAUUCAGUUUUGUAAAUUUAUUUAUGUCAUGCAUCAUUGCAUAAAGAUUGCAGUUUUGUU